AUGAAAACGUUAACUUUAUAUUUAAAAAUUACUACAUUCCUUCUUUUAAUAUGGAUGUAUCAAUGUUUUUAUAACUGUGAUUACUAUAAAACAUGGACUGAUAAAAAUAUAUUGCAAACAAAACAUGAGUUAAAAUAUGAAAGAGUAUUAACAGAGGGUGACAUAGCAGAUAAAAACCAAACUAAAGCUGAAGGAUGUCUAGAGGAAUGCCCAUCAUAUAAUAAAAAAAAAAAAAAAAAAAAUCGAUUUCAAAACCAGAAUCCAUCUCAUGGAGUCAAAACUCCAUCAUUGUGGGAGAAUUUUGAUAAAAAAGCAAAAGUAAUGGACCCUAAUUUGAGAGACCAUGAAUUGAAUAUUGAAUGGAAUAAUAUUUCACGUGACAAAGUUAUUAAUCUAUCUUCAAAAAUUUAUCAACAAAAUAUUCCAGAUGAUGGAAGACAAAUUUUAGUUCUUAGUGAUACGAAAGAUCAUUCAGAAUUAAAGAAAUUAUUAGACGUAUUUAAGAAAGAGAUAAGAGACAAUAAAACAGAAUCCGAAUCUAAAAAAGAGAUGAGAGAAAAUAUAACAGAAUCCGAAUAUAUGAAAGAUAUGAUAGACAAUAAAACAGAAUCCGAAUCUAUGAAAGAGAUGAUAGACAAUAAAACAGAAUCCGAAUCUAUAAAAGAGAUGGGAGACAAUAAAACAGAAUCCGAAUCUAAGAAUGAUAUGGGGGACAAUAAAACAGAAUCCGAAUCUAAGAAAGAGAUGACAGACAAUAAAACAGAAUCCGAAUCUAAGAAAGAGAUGACAGACAAUAAAACAGAAUCCGAAUCUAAGAAAGAGAUGACAGACAAUAAAACAGAAUCCGAAUCUAAGAAAGAGAUGACAGACAAUAAAACAGAAUCCGAAUCUAAGAAAGAGAUGACAGACAAUAAAACAGAAUCCGAAUCUAAGAAAGAGAUGACAGACAAUAAAACAGAAUCCGAAUCUAAGAAAGAGAUGACAGACAAUAAAACAGAAUCCGAAUCUAAGAAAGAGAUGACAGACAAUAAAACAGAAUCCGAAUCUAAGAAAGAGAUGACAGACAAUAAAACAGAAUCCGAAUCUAAGAAAGAGAUGACAGACAAUAAAACAGAAUCCGAAUCUAAGAAANAUUUUAUCUUAUAUAUUUUUUUUACUAAAAGUUCAAUAAAUGAUUUAUGUUUUUAAAAGUUAUGCUUUAACCAUAUUUUAAAUAAAUGUACGACUGACAAUAAAACAGAAUCCGAAUCUAAGAAUGAUAUGGGGGACAAUAAAACAGAAUCCGAAUCUAAGAAUGAUAUGGGGGACAAUAAAACAGAAUCCGAAUCUAAGAAUGAUAUGGGGGACAAUAAAACAGAAUCCGAAUCUAAGAAUGAUAUGGGGGACAAUAAAACAGAAUCCGAAUCUAAGAAUGAUAUGGGGGACAAUAAAACAGAAUCCGAAUCUAAGAAUGAUAUGGGGGACAAUAAAACAGAAUCCGAAUCUAAGAAUGAUAUGGGGGACAAUAAAACAGAAUCCGAAUCUAAGAAUGAUAUGGGGGACAAUAAAACAGAAUCCGAAUCUAAGAAUGAUAUGGGGGACAAUAAAACAGAAUCCGAAUCUAAGAAUGAUAUGGGGGACAAUAAAACAGAAUCCGAAUCUAAGAAUGAUAUGGGGGACAAUAAAACAGAAUCCGAAUCUAAGAAUGAUAUGGGGGACAAUAAAACAGAAUCCGAAUCUAAGAAUGAAAUGACAGAAAAUAAAAAAAAAAAAAAGAAAUCAAAUAUUUUGAAAUUUCUUUUUUGUAGUUGUGAUAACCAUUGA